UUAAAGUGGGUAAGGGUGUCUCAACUCUCCAUAUUGAAAGCGUGUACAAUGGUCAACUCUACAAUUGCAUUGGCCUAAACAAAAAAGACAAAAUACUAAAAUCCAACCAUAUAAAAUAUCUUCGGUGAUUUUAAAAUUGUUUGAGAAACAGAUCCAACCACUACGUUGGGUGUUCAUCCGAAAGUUGACUUGUUUAUUUCAAAGCUGAAAGGGGCAAGCAAGAAAACAAAAACAGAGUUCAAGAAGACAAAGUGUAAUUCAUCCGGGAGAAAAAUGUGUUGAUUGUACAAGAUACUGCAAUUAUUCGCCUCCACCCCAGCCAAACAAACUAUUGUAAGUUUUUCUGUCUCAAUGGCGGAUGCAAUAGUAAGUUUUGCCACUUCAUCACUGAAAAACCUUCUGAUGGAACAAUACGACUUAUUGUCUGGAGAAAAGAUAAAAGAAUACGAGGAAUACCUGAAAAAUGAGAUGCCGCUGAUAAAAGCUUUGCAAAAGGAUGCAGAAAGAAGUCGAUCUGCGGACGAGAGGAUCAGGCUCUUUGCCAGGAAUAUUAUAGACCUUAUUUACAGGAUUGAGGAUGCAAUGGAGUACAUAACCAUUAAGAUGGAGUAUCCAGGAGCAACAUUCUUCAGAAAAUGGGUUCAAAUGGCAUCAGCUAAAGAAGUUGAAGCAGAGAUGGAGGAAAUCAGCAACAGGGUUGAGUUCCUCUCCAGGAUUGCCCAAGUAAUUGGCAUUACUCAAGCCGCAGGAGAAAGUUCAUCAAAUCGGAGUACUAAAUUGUCUAGGCAAACAAAUGGUCACGAUCAUUUUGUUGGAAGGGUAGAAGAGAUGGAGCUACUGCGUUCAUAUAUUAAGGAUCCCAAGUGUCGGGUUAUUGCAAUAUGGGGCAUGGGUGGUUCAGGCAAGACCGCUCUUGCUAAGAAGUUGUACCAGGAUUUCCAGGACAAGAAUCAUUUCUACGCUGUUGCCUGCGUUUAUGUCUCCCAAGAUUUCGAGCCCAGGAGGGUUUUCGAAGAUCUUUAUUUGCAGUUUUAUCCAUUUCACAGGGAAGACGUGUCGGCGAUCAGGGGAGAGGAGUUGGCCCGACGGGUUUGUGAAAUCCAGCAAGAUAGAAAGUGUCUAGUGGUUCUGGAUGACAUUUGGUCUCCAGAUGUUUGGGAAACUCUUCGUAUUGCGUUCCCGUCAGGGGACACAGCUAGCAAAGUAUUGAUCACAACUCGGGUCAGACAAGCGGCGGAGGCUGUUGAAAUUGUGGCUGAGAAGAGAUACAUCCACCGGUUGAGGUAUUUUACCGAAGAUGAAAGCUGCCAGUUGUUCCGGGAAAGGGUUCUCCUGAUGGAUCUGCCAGAAAGUGAAGCUGAUAAAAUAUUAGAGAUGGGAAACAAAGUGGUAAAAUUUUGUGAAGGUCUUCCGUCACCGGUCGUUAACUUCCUACAAUUUGUUGCAACAAAGCACCACUUGGAGGACUUGAAAGUAGUGCAUCAAAACCUUGAGUCUUAUGUUAGAAAGAGCCAAGAAAGUUGGGGAGCAGGAUCAACAUUACAACAUUUAUCUUUGAGUUAUGAUGACUUACCAGAUUUUCUCAAGCCAUGUUUUCUUUACUUGGGGAAUUUCGGAGAACAUGCUCAAAUUGAUGCAGAGAAAUUGUACCUUUUCUGGGUGGCUGAAGGGCUUAUCUCUUUAAAAGACUGUGGAGUAGGGGAAAGACUGAAGGAUGUAGCAGAAAGGUAUUUGAAUGAUCUGGCACAGAGAAGUAUAGUUGAUGUGCAUGAAGAGGAACUUCCAACGGUCACAAGGUUUAAGUCUUGUCGGCUUAAUCCACUGAUGCGUAACCUUUCUCUCUUCAAGAGCAAAGAGCAAGGUUUUUUCAAAGUUGAGGAUUUUGGACAUGGACAUAAUAGGCCGAUGCAUGAUUCUUUGUCACAGAAUCAAGUCUACCGACUGGCCAUAGAUUUUGACAAGUAUGAAGAUGGAUAUGAUUUUCCUUUAGAGGAUAAUGAGAAGAAGCACAUCCGGUGUCUCCUAUUUAGUGCAAAGGAGAACCGGCCAAGAUUCGGGUGGCCAAAGAAGUUAUCUAGUUUAAUUGGAUUCAAAUAUCUCAGGAUUCUAUAUUUUGAUGGAUUUGACUUUCAAGUGAUCAAGCCACCCCAGGAUAUCGGCAAACUGUUCCUUCUGAAGUACUUGAGUUUUAGAAAUUGUGUUUUGCCGAAGCUACCAUCAUCAGUUGGCAACUUGAUGCAAUUGCUCAUUCUUGAUCUACGAGUUCGACCCCUCAGUAAAAUUACCAUACCCAACAUCCUGUGGAAACUGAAAAAGUUGAUGCAUCUGUAUUUUCCUGAUUCUUUUCAUACACGUGAUGCUCGCAAAUUGAGACUUGAAGGUUUGACAAAACUUGAGACAAUCAUAAACUUCAACACGGGGAUGCUCAACUUUGAAGAUCUCUCCCAGUUAACCAAUCUUCGGUACAUAUCUUCAAAAAUUGCAGGGAGCUCCGAGGAGAUAGUAUGCAUCACUAGAUGCAUGAAAGAUGAUGACUUACUUUCCACAUCCCUGGAGAUAAGGAACUUCGAUUGUUACGCAGAAGAAAAGCACUCUGUUUUCAGAAAUGUUUUAGAAUGUCAGGCUCUAACUGUCCUCUUCAUGGAGGGACACAUAUUUCGUUUACCAGUUCAUGAUAGAAUUUCUGGGAGUCUUGCUAAGCUUGUUCUUGUUGGUUCACAACUCGGUGAAGAUCCAAUGAAAACACUGCAGCAUCUUCCUAAAUUACGUGAACUAAUCUUGAAUGAUGAUGCCUUUGUCGAGAAAGAAAUGGUCUGUUCAGCAGCGGGCUUUAUCGAACUUGAACGUUUAGAGAUAUGGAAUUUGCAUAAAUUAGGAAAGUGGACUGUCCAAGAUCAAGCUAUGCCCAAACUUUCUACUCUGGCCAUUGUAAAUUGUCGGAAAUUGGAAAUGCCACCAGAAGGAUUACAAUUUGUUCGUCGACUCCAACAAAUGAACGUCUGGGAAGUACAUGAAGAACUGGAAAAGAGUCUUAAGAAGGUAGAGGAGCAGAUGAGAAUGGAGAAUGUGCAGCCUUUACCUAAAAUCUUGUUUAAACAUCCUUGCAGUGAUGAUGAAAGAACGCGGGACAGCAAGAGUGGCCCUUCAUGAUGCAAACUCAAACGCAUUCAUUGCCAGAGAUUCCGAGCAGGAUCCUCUCCGUGUCUAGCAGUGACAGAAUACAUCAAAUUACCUUUCGCGCGUUCAGAAGCACAAUUCUGAACAAAUAAAGUGUGAUAAUUAUAAUGUGUCCGUUUGUGAGAUUAUAAACCUCAAGUUCGGUUGUGAGCAUUUUGCUUUCAUAUAUUGAACAACUGCGGAUGCAUGCUUGAA